AAUUGCUCACAUCAUCCAUAAAUAUUUUCUUCAUGCGAAUUAAGUGUUUCUCCCUUCAAUAUAAUCCUACUUCAACUAAUAAGCCCUAACGUUUCAGAUUUGAACUUGUUGUCAACAAACGACGGGAAUCGCGAAGGAUCAGUGAUGUGGGGGAGCGCAGACGGGGGACCGCCGGAGGUCACUCUUGAGACUACCAUGGGUUCAUUCACCGUUGAGAUGUACUACAAGCACACACCAAAGACAUGCCGGAACUUCGUGGAGCUUUCGAGAAGGGGUUACUACGAUGGUGUCAAAUUCCAUAGAAUCAUCAAGGAUUUUAUGGUACAAGGGGGAGACCCGACCAGCACCGGGAGAGGAGGAGAAUCCAUAUACGGUUCUAAGUUUGAAGAUGAGAUAAGAUCUGAGCUCAAGCACACCGGCGCUGGUAUAAUUUCCAUGGCAAAUGCGGGUCCAAAUACAAAUGGAAGCCAAUUCUUCAUCACACUAGCACCAUGCCAAUCUUUGGAUGGUAAGCACACAAUUUUCGGAAGAGUUUGCAGUGGAAUGGAAAUUAUUAAGCGUCUUGGAAGUGUGCAAACCGAUAACAAUGACAGGCCGAUUCAUGAAGUGAAAAUAGUGAAAACCAUUGUCAAGGAUUGAAGAAAUCAAAGCAGCCGUGGGAUGUCAGAUUUCACUGCUCCAGUAUUCACGUCAAAUGCGACUUGAAGGUGGAUGCAUGUUUCCAAUGGUGGAUGUUAAUCUACAAAAACAAAAACAGAAACCUUUUUUCUGAUGAUUACAUACACAGCAUCUAAAAUAUUCCUAUUUAUCUAACUUACAUAUAAUUAUUAUUAUGUACUAAUAAAAUAAAGACUGGUGGAUUCUCAAUUUCUUAUGUCCGUGCAAUAUUCUUAAAGUCAGGCCUGAUCUUCACAAAUGAAUUGAUGCUAGGUCCUGACAUUUGGAAGGAGAUCGACAUUAAGGAUGGCAACGAUAUUCUCUCAAAGUCGCUAUGUGAGUUAAUAGCUGAAG